GCGCGUCACGUGGACGCGCGUCUGUAGUAAGAGCGCGCAUUUGAGCGCGUGUCUGGUCUGGGGUUUAUCGCGCACCGAUAGUGAUACUGUACGGACACACAACCGGGAAUACAAGCAUUGUAAUAUGUGGAAAUCUGUGGUAGGACAUGAUGUUAAUGUGAAGGUGGAAUCGGAGGGGGAUGACUGGGAGACAGAUCCAAAUUUUGAGAAUGAUGUCUCAGAGCAGGAGCAGAGAUGGGGUGCCAAGACCAUUGAAGGAUCAGGCCGAAAAGAACAUAUCAGUAUUGCAGAACUCAGGGAGAAGGUGUCCCAAGAACAUAAGGUGGUUAAGAAGCAAGAGAUGGAGAAGGGCCCUAAAGCCUCUUACGGUUACGGAGGAAAAUUUGGAGUGGAAAAAGACAGAAUGGACAAGGGUGCUUUAGGGCACAACUAUGUGGCAGAGGUAGAGCAGCACUCAUCCCAGACAGAUGCAGCGAAGGGGUUCGGGGGAAAAUUUGGAGUACAGAAGGACCGUGUGGACAAGUCUGCCAUGAAUUAUGAGUAUAAGGGUGAAGUACAGCAGCAUGCCUCUCAGAAAGAUUAUGCCAAAGGUUUUGGUGGCAAGUAUGGUGUACAGAAAGAGAGGGUGGACAAGGCUGCGAUGGGGUACGACUACAAAGGCGAGACUGAAAAACACCAGUCACAGAAAGACUACGCAAAAGGCUUUGGGGGAAAAUAUGGAGUGGAAAAGGAUAAGGUGGACAAGGCUGCCUUGGGUUACGACUACAAAGGCGAGACUGAGAAACACCAGUCACAGAAAGACUAUGCAAAAGGGUUUGGGGGGAAAUACGGAGUGGAAAAAGAGAAGGUGGACAAGGCUGCCUUGGGUUACGACUACAAAGGCGAGACUGAGAAACACCAGUCACAGAAAGACUAUGCAAAAGGGUUUGGGGGGAAAUACGGAGUGGAAAAAGAGAAGGUGGACAAGGCUGCCUUGGGUUACGACUACAAAGGAGAAACAGAGAAACAUCAGUCACAAAAAGACUAUGCAAAGGGCUUUGGAGGACGUUAUGGAGUCGAGGCAGAUCGCAUGGAUAAGAGUGCAGCUUCAUUCAAAGACAUGGAGUCUCCAACAUCAUCAUAUGAAAAACCUCAAGCUUUUGAGGCCUCAAGCGUUGGAGCUGGAAACCUCAAGGCUCGGUUUGAGAACAUGGCAAAGGCCUCAGACGAAGAGAACAGAAAGAGAGCAGAGGAAGAGAGAGCCAGAAGGCUCGCAAGAGAGAAGAGAGAACAAGAGGAGGCUCGAUGCAGACAGGAGGAGAGCAGGCAUGAAGAAGAGGAAGAGAACCAGAAGCCUCCUCCUGUACCAACAGCCCAGAAACCCCAACAGACAUUCAGAGAACUGCCUAAAAUUCCCAGAGAUGAACCAGAGACUGAAGUACAGGUGGAGGAGCAGCCGGACUAUGAGGAGCCGCCAUCUCUGCCUCCCCGCUCUGCCGACCUCCUGGAGGAAGAGGAGCAGGAGGAACCAUAUGCUAGUUGUGUUUCUCCUCCUCCUAUACCACAGGAUGAAGAUUACGAGGAUAUUGACACAUACACUCCUGCAGUUGCUGAUAAUGACUAUGAAGAUCUAAGUGGUGGACAGUCAGCCAUGGCCAUUUAUGACUACCAAGGAGAGGCCAGUGAUGAGAUCUCCUUCAUGCCAGACGACAUCAUCACUAACAUUGAGAUGGUGGACGAGGGUUGGUGGAAAGGAACAUGUCAUGGGCGCACAGGCUUGUUUCCUGCCACCUUUGUGCAGCUCAUGUAGUUUUAAUGAUAAUUUAUGAUCAUUAGCCACUUUGCAUGACAUUUUUUUAUCCGAUUGCAUUUUCUAAAACAAUACAAGUAUGAUAUAUACAAACAUGUACUUAAUGAAAAUUCAGAGCUUUUAGAAAAUUACUUUUUCUUGGUUGUUUUAAGGGCCUAUAAACUCUGGCUAAAGAGAAUGGUCCAUUGAAGGCAUAUGGGUAAUUGCCAGACAACAUGAACACACUUUUUAUACAGUAAGAUUUUAGGCUAAAAUGUAUAUGAAUGUAUUAUGAAAUAUAUGUAUAAUGGGUCGUGGAUUAUAAGUCAUCUUCAAGUGUGACAAAUUUCUAAAAGUGCAAAUAUUUCACAAAAUCAUUAUGAAGGGAUUAGACAAAUGCUGUUUAAAAACUUUAGACGGCAUCUAGCAUGUCACACUGUAGGAUACUGCUGUACCUGCUUAACAUGUCAACUACCAAUAUAUUACAGUAUAUUCUAAAACAGUGCUGUUUUAUGCAAGGAAUUGAGAGGUUUUACAAAUGUGCAAUUGUCAAUCAACAUACGUUGAGACUGGAUAUGUAUUGAGAUUAAAACUGGAAGCAGUUUGCUGUUAAUUACAAUCUUCAUAGCAAUUAUUAAGACAUUGGAUCAUGCAUGUACUAGGUUUAAAAACUAAUCCACUAAUUUAUGUAUGGUCAUGGACCUACAAUAUUGUAGGCAAGUAUGCCUUUAUUGAUUGUUUCAAUGUGUGCAUUUGUUUUAAUCACAAAAUAAAAGACAAACUUCACCGUGA